UCGCUCCUUGCUGGCUUCCGUCGAGAGUGAGGAGGCCAAAGUCGCCGGCUCCGCUCACGUCCUCCUCAGUCGCGCCGGUGAUCCGCUGGCCGCUUCCGUCAGGGAAGAGAUAGGCGGAAUGGACGACUUGGCAGAUUUCGAGUUCUUCAAGAUCAUACUUGAAGACGGCUCGCGGAAGCUGAGGCUCCCUGACAAGUUUGCAAGCGUGCUCGACGGCCGCGAGCCCCGGGAAGUGAAGCUGCGGGAGGCCGGCGGGGGGCGUCUGCUGUGGGACGUGGAGGUGGUUUUCGACGGCGAGGGUCACAUGUAUCUCGGGCGAGGCUGGGACCAGUUCGCCCGCGAGUACGACGUCCAGCGUGGGCACUUCCUCGUUUUCAGCUACGACGGCGACGCGGUGCUCGCCGUGAAGGUGUUCGACGGAACCAUGUGCCGCAGGCACUACAAGCACGACGACGACGACGAUUAUGACAGCGUGACGAUUAAAGAAGAAGAUCCAAGUAGCUGCGAAAGUGGCAGCAACAACAGCAUCGACAGUAGCGGCAACAACAGCAUCUACACUGGCAGCAAGAACAGCAUCGACAGUGGCGGCAACUACAGCAUCUACACUGGCAGCAAGAACAGCACCGACAGUGGCAGCAAGAACAGCAGCUCGCCGGAGAUGGACGUCGACGACGCGCCGACGUCGCAGUUCACCGUCAUGCUGAGGCAGUGCCACUUGGGCGCGAAGCAGAAGCAGUACCUGAACGUACCGGUGGAAUUCCAGAUCGCGCACGAGUACCACAAGAGGAGCAGGGUGGUUCUGCGGAUGCGCGGCAAGUCGUGGCCCGUGAACCUCAAGCACAACAACCGGUCGGUCGGCAAUCCCCGCACGUCCCUCAGAUACGGGUGGCACCAGUUCUGCGUCGACAACCGCCUCGACGUCGGCGACACCUGCUUCUUCCGGGCGCUCCGCGGGGGCGACGCCGGCCGCGGCGAGGACCACGUGCUCAAGGUGGAGGUGCGCAAGCGAGACGGCACCUUCGUGUACUGAUAAGCCGUGUUGGCGUGGCCAUCGCCGGCAUCCCAGAAUGAUCAGGAAAAUGGAGUUUCCUGUCUUCAGUUCUUUGACACUAAUGACUAGGCUUUCAGUUAAACUGUGCUUUAAUUAUGGUAGGUUACUGCUGAUGCUAAUAGCAGAGUAGCUGGGG